CGUCCCUUUCUAUUAGAUCAACUUGUUCUCCCUGCUACCCUCCCCAUGCAUUUUUAAUCCCAUCGUUUUUUUUUUCUUCCUUCAUUUAUAUUUGGGGGGGUGGUGAAGAGCAUCGAAAGACCUCUUGAGUUUCUUUUUUUCACCGUUUAUCUAUGAAUUGCUCUGCCUUUUUAAGCAUUAUUUUAUAUGCACAUCGUCACUUUUGCAAUUUAACCACUGCACAUAUAUAUUUGCAUUUUUUAUCUCUGCAAAUUUUAAUUGCACCGUUAAUUAUUUUACAUUAACAAAUAUAGUUUUAAUUUAUUAUACAUCCGGCUAAGAAAUAUAUUAAAGACAAAAACGUUCCUGAUGCCGAGGAGAUGGAUAGAGAUCGGAAGAUGGUAGAGAAGAAGCCAGUGGAUGAUGGUGCAGCAGCGGCCGGGAGGGUUGUGGUGUCGGCGGCCCCUAAUGCUGCGACUGUGGCCGCGGAGAGCAGGCUGGCCCUGUCCGCCCGGCAACAGUGCGAGCUCCUCCAGAACAUGAUAGACAUCUCCAUGUCCAACCUGCGGGGACUCCGCACACAAUGCGCCGCCUCCAACGACCUCACGCAGAAGGAGAUCCGGACCCUGGAGGGAAAACUGAUGAACUACAUUAGCAAACAACUUCAAUGCAAGAUCCACGUGCCUCAACCUGAGAGGACAGACCUACUGAACAGCUAUCCAAGAAUCGCUGACUGGUUACACACGGUCAGCAUUAGAAAUGAGGUUGUUCAGAAAAUCCCUGAAGAUUUAACACUAGAUGCCUUACUGGAUAUGAAUGAGUUAAAGGUGAAAGAAACCAUGAAGAGAUGUGGGGCAAGCACUGAAGAAUGCUCUCGACUCAACACAGCGCUCACUUGCUUAAAGAAAAUAGCUCGAUCAGGUGGGGACUUGAAGGAUACAUUGUGGAAUCCUCAUGAUACACGCAAAGAAAGUUCUUCCCAGUUUCACACUGACCUUUCCUCCCCAGUGGGGGCAGUAUGGACCCUGAACACUUCGCUUCCAAAGGCUAACAGCCACCAACCACGCUCCAUAUCAGUGUCUGCCAUCCCUUACUCUGAAUGCCCUGUUGCCAGCCAAGGAUCUUACAGUUAUUUAGACAGCUUACAGGACCCUUUCUCCAACUCCACACCUAGCAAUAGGUUAACUCUGAGGACUCCUCAUGGGAUUACAAUUACCCCACCAACUACCCCACAGUUAAAAAGGCAUAUGAAGCUGAAACCUCCACGGACACCACCUCCACCCAGCCGCAAGGUCUUUCAGCAGCUGCUACCCAACUUCUCAACGCUUAAAAGAAGCAAAUCUCAUGAGUCUCAACUCGGUAACAGAAUAGAUGAAGUACCUUCUCUUAAGUUCGAUGUUCCUCAAGGUUCACCACAGACACUGAGAAGAGAUAUAGGCCUCUCAGUAACACACAGAUUUUCUACUAAGUCCUGGCUAUCUCAAGUAUGUCAUGUGUGUCAGAAGAGCAUGAUGUUUGGCGUCAAAUGCAAACACUGCAAGUUAAAAUGUCAUAACAAAUGUACAAAAGAAGCCCCACCAUGUAGAAUAUCAUUCCUUCCCUUACCCAAAAUAAGGAGGACAGAGUCUGUACCAUCUGAUAUUAACAAUCAAGUAGACAGACCGGCAGAACCUCACUUCGGAACUCUCCCUAAAGCUCUCACUAAAAAGGAGCACCCUCCAGCAAUAACUCACCUUGAUUCAAGCAGCAAUCCAUCUUCUACAACAUCUUCAACACCGUCAUCCCCAGCACCAUUCAUGUGCUCCAACCCUCCCAGCGCAACUACGCCCCCUAAUCCCUCUCCAAUGGGGCAGAGGGACAGUCGCUUCAAUUUCCCAGCUGCCUACUACAUUCAGCAUAGACAACAGUUUAUCUUCCCAGAAGUUACUAUCCCUCCUCAAGUAACACACCCUCCUCCUGAGCCGUCUGAAAACUGCAGUGCCGAGACUCCAAUGGAGGCUGAAGUGACUGAGGAGCAGGAAGCAGAGGUUGAGGAGCAAGAAGCCAAUAAAUCUGAGCCUGAAUAUGACGAUGAUGAGCUGGAUGAGCUUCCCCCUAGAAGGUCAGCAAGUGGACACCAUAGAGGGAGGAUAUCCCGCGAACCAAGCCAGACCAGUGCAUUUCUGCAUGAGUGGGAUAUCCCAUUUGAGGAGAUUGAACUUGGAGAGCUGAUUGGCCAGGGGAGGUGGGGGAAGGUCUUCAGAGGCAAGUGGCAUGGAGAGGUAGCCAUCCGGCUACUGGAGAUAGAUGGGAAUAAUCAAGAUCACCUGAAGCUUUUCAAAAAGGAAGUGAUGAACUACAGGCAGACAAGGCAUGAGAAUGUAGUGCUAUUCAUGGGAGCCUGCAUGCACCCUCCUCACUUAGCCAUCAUCACUAGUUUUUGUAAAGGUAGAACACUUCACUCUUUUGUAAGAGAUCCGAAGACCUCACUGGAUAUCAACAAGACGAGGCAGAUUGCACAAGAAAUUAUCAAGGGUAUGGGUUAUCUGCACGCCAAGGGUAUAGUCCACAAAGAUUUGAAAUCUAAGAAUGUUUUCUAUGAAAACGGAAAAGUUGUGAUUACAGAUUUUGGACUAUUUGGCAUAUCAGGAGUAGUACAAGAAGGAAGACGUGAGAAUGAGCUGAAGCUAACCCAUGACUGGUUAUGCUAUUUGGCCCCAGAAAUAGUUCGGGAGAUGGCCCCUGGCAAAGAUGAAGACAAACUUCCCUUCUCCAAAGCUGCUGAUGUUUAUGCUUUUGGGACUGUGUGGUAUGAGCUGCAAGCUCGGGAUUGUCCAUUCAAGAUCCAAGCAAUUGAGGCUCUCAUUUGGCAAAUUGGAAGUGGAGAAGGAGUAAAGCAAGUCUUGUCAACCAUAAGUUUGGGCAAAGAAGUUACUGAAAUACUGGCUGCUUGUUGGGCAUUUGAUGUCAAUGAAAGGCCAAGCUUUACCCUACUUAUGGACAUGCUAGAGAAGCUGCCAAAACUAAACAGGAGGUUAUCACACCCAGGACAUUUCUGGAAAUCUGCAGAACACUGGCACCAUUUUUAUAUCAAGGGACAAUGCUACCAACAUGGGACUCACAUCCACUGCCCAGUUAUUAACAAAUAAUAUGAGCUUCAUAUCUUUUUUCCACCUGUCAUUCCGUACAAUGUUUACUUUUUCACACACAUAGUUAAGGACAUCACUUAAUAGGUAAAGUGUCAUUCUUGCUGUGAAAGUAUAAAAAUAAUAGUUAUUUUGUAUUCUGCAGUCACACAUCAUUAUUUAAUUCUAGUUAAAGGGUCUUUUUUUUCUUAUAAAACAUGACAUUUUAUUUUUUUUAAUCCCUAUCCUGAUUAAAACGACAUUUUCUUGCGUUUGCAGAAGAGUGUCAUCCUACCCAUAGAGUUGUGGGUGAUGUAGCUUCCAGCCAAUGAGCAUUAGCAGGAAGUCCUAUCAAUUAACAGGAAGUGGAUAUUAGCUUGUGCGUUUAUAGGAAGUAUACAACUGAUUGUUGUAUUAGUUUCAGUAAAAAUCUAAACUCAACUUCACAUUUUUAAGGCAACGAAAAACCCCCCCAUCAUUUUCUGGUCAUCGUCAUUUUUUUAUACAUAUACAUAUUCAAUUGUUUUAACCCUUACGCUAUAAAAUUACAAUAAGGCAGAAGUGCAGCCCAUUUUAAAAGCUAUUAUAUUGUUUAGCAACCUUGUAUCCUAACCACAUAUAAAAGAUGUGUUCUUUAAUGUAAAAUAAAUAUUAAAUUAUCAUAUUUUUUUAUCCCUUACACUAUAAAAUUACAAUAACUAAGGCAGAACUGCAGACCCUUUGACAGAUAACCAAAUUGCUGCCUAUUGUUCCUGAUUCACAGUUUGCCUGUGUUGUGUGGUAUUACUGGUAUUUUUGCUAAAUAGCUCAUUACAAAUGGCAUAAAAACAAAGUGUUACUUUUAAGCACAGAUUGUGUUUAAUCACAAAUAAUGUAAUACAGCAAACAUCUCAAGCAACUGUACCAUGUGCUGUCUUGUCUGACUGAAUCGUGUAACAUCACUAACCGAAUCUAAUCUAGAUCUUGUUUUCUUAUGCCAUUAAUGGCAGACUGAAAGCCUUGAUUUAACUGUGUUUUCUCCUUUCCAUAGGUUAUAGCUGCUGGCAAACUAACUGGGCCCUGCCUUGCAUGCUUCCAUAUGUCUUCUGCUAAUCUUCAGCUUCGUGGACAGUUGCCUUCCAUCCACAAAACAAAUUGACAAAUUCUAGGGGGGAAAAAAACUAUUAACCCUUGGAUGUACCUUCUGCUUUGAUCUCCUCUUCCCAUUGCUUUUCUCUUGGUGUGGGCUGUUUGCUUGAAUAACAAAUUAUGACUGCAAGAAAUCUACCUGGCACUAACAAUAGGAGCAGCACUUUUUUCAGCCAGCAGUAACUUUAUUUGAAAUAGGGUUUUACCAGCAUUAUAGUGAGAUAAUUGCACUAAGUGCUACUUCUGUGUCCUUAUCAGCACUAUUUUAUCAUUUUUAUUUCUUUGUGUGUUCUCUAAGAUUGUCCCUCAAAUAACCGAGCUUAUGAGCUGUUCUGUAGACCUUCAUCAGAUGGCAAAUUCAAGUUCAGAUGUUUUUAUUUUUUAUUGAUUGGUCAAUAUACUAUUUAUUUGAUAGCUUAAUGUUGCUGUCAUAUCAAUCAGGGUUUUUAAUGCAGGGUUAGUGAGAAUGUUUCCAUAUAAAAUACCAUCACUACAAUAUGUACGUAUGGUCAUAUGCCAUCCUGGCUGAAAUAUUAAUCACAAGUUAUGGGUUCCCUGCUUAUGUGAGACACUAUUCUUUUAUACCUAUUGUAUUUUACCUAUAUAAUUGUAUUAUAUAGGCACAAAACAAUAAUAGUCUCCUUUCCAAUUAACUUAUUUUUAUCAAAUUUGCUUCAUUCUCUUGUUAUCCUUUGCUUAUGGAACAGCAUUUCACUACUGGCAGCUAGCUGAACACAUCUAGUUAGCCAAUUACAAGAGACAAAUGUGUGCAGGCACCAAUCAGCAACUAGCUCCCACUAGUGUAGAAUAUGUGCAUAUUCAUUUUCAACAAGGGAUACCAAGAGAACAAAGCACAUUUGUAAAUAGAAGUGAAUUUAAAAGUGUCUUAAAAGUAUUAAUCUGAAUAAAGGUGAGUUUUAAUUUUGACUUUCCAAUCCCUUUAACUUUAUUUGUAUUUGUGCUCCUGAUCAAUAAUAUUAAUCAUUUUUAAAUUUAGUUUUUGAAGAGACAGCAUUUUUGCUAUUUUAAUUAAACUGAGAUCUUAGUAAGAGAUCAAGCUGUAGAGCAGUCAGACAUAUCACGCUUAGUUUUUUUAUGAUAUUAGUUAUAGAUGCUCAGUGUCUAUCUGCUAUGGCAUUUACUAAUGUAUGCUUUGUUUUGUUGGACAAUUUUAUGGCGCAUAAGGGAUUUAUUAUAACUUCUGUAUAGAUUAAUUAUAAUUUAAAACAUUUUUACUGAUCUAACGUAGAUAUGUUUGUUUUGUCCCCCUUUUUUCAGCAUUAACAGUAGCAAAAUUAUGCCCCGUUUUGAAAGGCUUGGCCUGGGAAUCUUGGACCAGGGUAACCAAAAGAUGUAGCCUGCUGUGGAUUGUCUCAUUCUAAUUUUGACUGCUAACACUGCAGAAACCUCAGAGAUUUGGACUGCAACCAAAUUGACUUUUAUUUUUAAAUAAGAUUUUAUUUUAUGUUACUGCAUUUUAAAUUAAUCCAUUCUGCACUGAAUAGGAGCUAAGCUGUGCCUUUACUCCCCCUUCAAGCGCUGAAUGGCUUAAGCCUUAACUGUAUCUGAUCUUCAUCUUGUUUACAUAUGAUUUAAGGCAUGUAAGCUGUGCUGUGUAAAUGAAUGGAAAUAAUAAAUGUGACUGACCAUUUAAACAAAUAAAAUAUAUAUGUAUAUAUAUAUAUAUAUAGAUAUAUAAAAAAUA